CGUUACAUCCUCCGUAACUUAACCGUACUUAUUUCGCAAUAUCCAUUUACUUAAAAAGGUGAAAUAAUUAAUUUGGGGGGUGUGCAAGGAAACUCCGGCAUUUCAGAUGUAAAAAGCCUGAGAUUGCAGAAGCUCCCAGGUGAAGGGGGAAACGCAAACCGACCUGAGAAAGACACCACCACAGAUCUGUUGGUGCAAUAGGAGGACGCAGCAUCGACACCCAAAACGGACGCAAACUUGCCCAGGGACACCUUGUUGAAAGAGAGGUUGCACAUUACUGCAAUCUGCACUGACAGUAGCACUUUCCAUUAUCUGAAACUAAUCCUGCUGUUUGAUGCUUAUUCAGAAGGCAUUGCAUGUUUGAAAUGGCUAUGUCACUGUGGAGAAGUCGCACUGCUUCAUCAACACUCAACUUGUUAGCCAAUACUCUUCGCGGAUUCUCUUCUGAGGUGACAAACACUAGCGCUCAAAGAACGCGAGAGAGUAUGAUGAAUCAAAUGGUGUAUUCUGACAUAAACUCACGAAUUGGGAGUUGCAUGCCACUGUCUGCAAUGCGAAUUGGAACAAUCAUUCACAACAUUGAGUUGAACCCAGGGCAAGGUGGCAAGCUUGUCCGAGCUGCAGGAACCAGUGCAAAGAUCUUGAAAGAGCCCACAUCAGCAUACUGUUUGAUCCAGAUGCCCUCUGGUGUUAAAAAGUUAAUUGAUUCUAGGUGUAGGGCCACCAUUGGUGUUGUGUCUAAUCCAAGUCAUGGAGAUCGGAAGCUUAGGAAGGCUGGUCACAGCCGAUGGCUUGGUCGACGACCCGUUGUUCGAGGAGUGGCAAUGAAUCCGGUAGAUCAUCCUCAUGGAGGAGGAGAGGGUAAAAGCAAGAGUAGUGGAAAAUGGGGGAAAGGAUCUCGCACUCCUUGGGGCAAGCCAACGAAGGGUGGCUAUAAGACAGGACCCUUGAAGCGCAGAAGGUAGUGGUAGUAUAUACAACAUUCACUACCAGCUGCUUCUGAUGCUUAACAUGCUUGUAAUAAUUUUGGAAACUGUUAGAAAAUUCAUGGAACUGAUUAGAUUCAGUCAAACUGUGCAUGUUAUAGGUUCAAAUUUUGUUGUUGCUUAAGUAAAAUGUUUUUGCAUUUUCUCUGAA